CUCCUCGCAGGCGCUUCCGGCGCGGCGGCGAAGCCCCCUCGAGAGCUCCGUGGGCUCCGUGGGCCGGGGGGAGGACAAUAUAUUUUCCAAGUUCUUCAAGUAUUCUUGCACAACGAGGAAAAAGAAGAAACAUUUCAGUGAAUGAGGAGUUUUUUGCUUCUAUAGUGUUUUCUUGAGAAGUGGGUCUUUGAAUGAGGAUGACAAUGGAAGAGAUGAAGAAUGAAGCAGAGACCACUUCUAUGGUUUCCAUGCCUCUCUAUGCUGUUAUGUACCCUGUCUUUAAUGAGCUAGAAAGAGUAAAUCUAUCUGCAGCUCAGACACUGAGAGCAGCUUUUAUUAAGGCUGAAAAAGAAAAUCCAGGUCUUACACAGGACAUCAUUAUGAAAAUCCUGGAGAAAAAAAGCGUGGAUGUGAAUUUCACAGAGUCUCUUCUGCGUAUGGCAGCUGAUGAUGUAGAAGAGUAUAUGAUUGAAAGACCAGAACCAGAAUUCCAAGAUCUUAAUGAAAAGGCACGAGCACUUAAACAGAUUCUUAGUAAGAUUCCUGAUGAGAUCAAUGACAGAGUGAGGUUUCUUCAGACAAUCAAGGACAUCGCGAGUGCAAUAAAGGAACUUCUUGACACAGUAAAUAAUGUCUUCAAGAAAUACCAAUACCAGAACCGGCGGGCACUUGAGCACCAAAAGAAAGAGUUUGUAAAAUACUCCAAAAGCUUCAGUGAUACUCUGAAAACCUAUUUUAAAGAUGGAAAGGCAAUAAAUGUGUUCAUAAGUGCCAACCGACUAAUUCAUCAAACCAACUUGAUACUCCAGACCUUCAAAACUGUGGCCUGAAAACUGUAUAUGUUGAGAGUUGUACUUUUCAAUGGUGGAUAGGGUACCUUUAUAUGUAAAUUUUAAAGUUUUGACUGUAUAAAUUAUCAGCCCCUCUUGAGGGGCCUAAUGCAGGAUUUUGAAUGGGAUUAUUGCCAUCUUACACCAUAUUUUUGUAAAACAUUGUAGCUUAAUCAUAAUCUCACAAUGAAGAUUUUGCAUCACUUUUUGCUAUUAUCAUUCUUUUCAGAAUUAUAAGCCAAAAGAAUUUACGCCUUAAUGUGUCAUUAUGUAACAUUCCUUAUAAGAAUUGUAAAUAUUUGGUGUUCUGUUUCUGACAUUUUAACUUGAAAGCGGAAAACUGCAAGAUUAUGUAUUUAACAAUAUUGGUGGCAAAUAUUCAAUAAAUAGUUUACAUCUGUUAGACUGUCUUUUUGUAUGUGAACAACAAUGCAUAUCUCAUCUUUCUAGAACUGCAGAACAUUCAUUAAAUGGAAAAAUUAAAAUUAUUUGGGUGCUUAAAGCUACUGGCAGUUUGAAUCAGUAUAAAAUGAGGGUUUUUUCCUUAAAACUGAGAUUUUUGGCUGUGAUCUGAUACUAGACCAGAAUACCAGAAUAAUUCUAUUAAAAAGUCUUUGGCAAAAUAAUAAAGAACCCUAGAAGUGAGGUGGUUUUUUUUUGUUUUGAUAGAAACUAAAACCCACUUCUUUCUUAAUCUUCUGUUGGUGGUGAGUUAACAGGUUUUUACUCCUAGAUUACUCUGAGGCUUUGAGCAGAGAAUUACUUUAAAUAUAUGCAGCUGACUAUGCAGCAAAAGGUAAAUUUAAAAUAUUAAGAUAACUGGGUUUUAUAUUGGUACCCUUUUGGGAGGGAAGAGAAGAGAAGAUAGAACUCUUCCAGGUAGCACUAGUGAUGUCUAUACUAUGCAUGCCAAUAAGGCAACUUUUUUUUUUUUUCAGGGAUUGAAACCAUGUGAGACCUCGAUUCACAAAUUUUGUCUACAUAGAUGGUUAAGAACUGCUGAUGGGCGUAUUCAAAUUUUAUCAUUGUGAUUUCAUGGUAAUAUUUCACAAGUUCUAAUUAAUAUCUUGUAAGCCCCUUCAAAGUGCACCUUGAGUUUAUUUUGAAAUAGAAUUGUUGUAUAAUAAACUUCUGAAAGUCUUCAAAAUAUUUAUUUAUAUGGCCAUAACUAGUAAGUUUAGGGAAGAAUGUGAAGCAGUUUAUAAAGCUACACAAGCUGUUGCAGGAGGAUCGCUUCAGACUGAAAGAGCACAAUUGCUACAGAACUAUUCCUUGUUUAGGUAUAAAUGAUGAAGAAAAGGUACAGCCAGACUUUUGGCAUGGUGCUGUAUUGCUCAUUUGGGGCAAGUGCCUUAUCCAGAGUACAACAGCUGGGACCUUGAAUUUAGUUAUCUGUUUAAAUGAUCUAAAAGGGGAAAAUGAUAUCUGCAGCCCUCCAAAGUAGCACUGGAUGUUCUGCUGUGUAUCUGUGCAUGGAAAUGUUUCCUUGAUGAAAGCACUGACUGUAGUGAACUGUAACAAUGCGAAGGAGAGUAUUAUGUAAAAAUGAGUUCUUGGGAAUGUAUGUUGUGAAUUUCUUGGUUACAUAAAGCUAUAAACAGGAUGUGGUCCUUAAAGCUUGCUGUUCAGGCUAUCUUCUGUUUUGACAGUGGUGUUUUGUGUUUACUAGCAGAUUGAGCUUAGUAACAUGACUAAAGGAUGCAUAUACAAUUUAUAGUUAAAACUUUUAGUUAUUUAUUAAAGCUUGGCAUGCUAAACUGUCAUUUCUUGGAAAGUGGUAGAAGAGAAGCAAUGUUAGCAGGUACAAAGGAGGCAGCCUGACUAAUUUAAAGUAAUACUUAAUUUGCAUCUUUGAAUUCUGUGAGUAAAAAGGUUGAGUAGUCUUCCUUGCAGAUGACGUUAACUUAAGCUGUAGCACUGAAGGACUUAAUGAAAACUAGUUAGGUAGAAGAAAGGGAAAGGCACCCAGAGUUUCUGAUACUUCAUUUGCUUGAAAAGUGUUUGGUACUGGGGAGGCUGCACCAGUGGCUGUAAGGAGAGACAUGAAAGCUUGGGUUAUACUUCGUGAAUUUGACUUAAUUCCAAUAAAAUUCUGAGAUUAUUCUAUCUUCUUGGAUUGAGAGGGACAGUAGCUAGCGUUGGCAAUCCUUAGGAGUUGAAUGAUAUCAUUUUUGUGUGCAGGUAUAGUAAAAAAAACAACUGAAUGGAAAAACAAAGCCAAAAAAACCUCCUCAACAAAACAAACUUAUGACGUGGGUCCCAAACAAGAUGCUGUGUUAUGUCCUGCUAAUUGAUUCCUUGAAGUUAAAGAGACUAUCAAGAAAUGAACUGUUCUUGUUCAUCAGUUCUUCCUAAAACCUUUAUUGGGUAAAAGGUACCAAGUAUAGGGCUAAGCUUCAGGUAGUCUGCACAAUGUGUUUUGUUUUAUUUGUAACCUUAUUGUGAUUUCUUUUUGUUACCCUUAAAAGUAAUGGAAAAUUAUUCAUUGUAAUCAAUGUCUGGUAAUGGGAAAACUUGAAAACUGAUGUCUCCAGGUCACACUCUUGUGUUGUGUGCAGUGAAUCCAUAUCUAGUAGACUUACAAAUUUUAUUUUCCACUGAAUAUGAGCUGGGGCAUAUGUCUGUCAAACUUUAUUGUGGUUUUGCACUUUAUUCAAGUUAUCUGAGUAGCUGAAGAGAAGUUUCUCUUGAGGAUAUCUAAUACAGCAGUUAGUGUUGCAAAAUGCUAUUAGAAAAUUUCUGCUGUGAA